AUGAGUUAUUCUAUUGAAUAUGAAGACAUUAAUGCGCAAAAUUGUGACACAAUAACAACAACAAUUUUUUCUGAGGAAACAAGUACAUUGUACGUGGAUUCAACGGAAGCUAUGACUACAAUCAAUAUACAAUCAACAGGAGCCGCAUUAACGUCAAGAAAUACUUCUAUAUUUGUAGCUCCGAUAUGUUCUAAUGGAGCUAUUGGUAUGUCAUGCAAUAUCACUUCAGAUAAAUGCGCUAUGACUCAACCAUGUAUGAACUUGGCAACAUGUUAUCCAAAUGUUAGUUUACCACUUGGUUAUGUAUGUUCAUGCGUUUUAGGUUAUUCUGGUGUCAAUUGUGACGUUGAUGAACGUGUGUGUCGUGGUGGUUUGAAUUGUCUCAAUGGUGGUACAUGCAAUGAAAGUCAAUGUAUAUGUCCUACAGGUAAAACAGGUGAUCAUUGUGAAUAUGAAGUCAAUGUAUGUGCAAACAUAAAGUGUGAAAAUAAUGGUCAAUGCGUAUCAAUCUAUGGUAAUUGGUCAUGUCGAUGUACGAAUACUGACCUUUAUUCAGGUACUUAUUGCGAAAUAAAAUCUUCAAGUUUACGUACAAAAGAAAUUGUUUCACGUUCAUUUUCUUGUGUUGCUAUUGGAUGUAUUGCAACCGUUAUUGGUUUUGUUCUUAUUAUGGAUGUAUUAAAAUAUUUUUUUCAUAUUGAUCCAAUUGAUAAUAAUUUAAGUUCAUCGAAACAAAACCAAAAAGAUCCUCGCCAUGAGGACGAACAACGAAAAGAAAUUGAAAAAAAAAAGAAAACCAAACAACAAGUUCUUGUUGUACGAUUUGAAUAUGUUCAUGCAUAA